CAUAUCUAGCUCUUUCUAUUUGCCUAUUACCAAUAAUAAUAACAACAUGUCUUCAAUCUUAUCCCAUCAUCACCAAUCUCUACUACUCCACCACCACCAUCCUUCCCUCUAUACACCCACCCGUUUCUACUGCUCAACCGCCGCCGCACCACACAAACCUCCCCGAAACCCUAAUCCAACCAUCCUUAAGGUUGUUCCAUUACACGUUUCCGCACCCCUAAACCAAAACCGACCAACACUAACCGACCCCAGCCUCCAAUCCACAUGGUCUCAUCGGGCAUGGUUAGCCAGCGGCUGCACUUCCCUCCUCUUCUCCCUCGUGAAGUGCUUGGGUCAUGCGGCCCAGUCCCAUUCCUUCCCCGAGCCGAUUCUAGCAGCCGUACUAGGUUACGUGCUGGCAGAUCUCGGCUCGGGUAUUUAUCAUUGGGGAAUCGAUAACUACGGGGAUUCAACCACCCCGUUGUUUGGAUCACAGAUCGAGGCGUUUCAGGGCCAUCACAGAUGGCCCUGGACAAUCACCAGGCGACAAUUCGCCAACAACUUGCAUGCCCUGGCCCGCAUAAUUGCGUUUACGGUUACGCCGGUUAGUUUGGCGUGCGAUGAUCCGACGGUUCUCGGGUUUGUGUUUAUGUUUUCCGGGUGUAUAAUGUUUAGCCAACAAUUUCAUGCGUGGGCACAUAUGACCAAGAGUAGGCUACCGAGUCUGGUUUUGUGGUUACAAGAUGCGGGGAUUUUGGUGUCGCGUGGGGAGCAUUCGGACCACCAUAGACAACCGUAUAAUAAUAACUAUUGUAUUGUGAGUGGGGCGUGGAAUGGGGUGUUGGAUAAGAAUAAAGUUUUCGAGGCUAUGGAGAUGGUUUUGUAUUUUAAGCUCGGGGUUCGGCCGAGGUCGUGGACCGAACCGAACUCGGAUUGGACGGAAGAAACCGGAAUAUCUACUGUCCUUGAUUAAUUCAAUUCAUUUCAUAUAUACAUAUAUAUAUUCACUUGGAAACAAUUUUUUUUUUAAUGGAAAUUCAUAUGGGGUUUAUGUAAGGGUUAACACAAUGGUAUAUAAUUAGUCAAAGUUCAUCUCU